CAAUGACGGUGGUGUUUGUUUUGAAGCUAAAAAGAGGUGGACUUAAAAAAAUCAACCUUUGCCAAUGUGGGCUAGUUUGGUAUUCACUGUCAAGAACUACUUAGUUAGCUAACUAUAGCUAGAUAGAGACGCAUUUCACAUUGUAGCCUUCUUGAAUUGGCAUCGAGUUGGUUUGGCAGGCAGGCUAAUCCAAUAUAAUCCAUCACUCCACGUCGGACCCAAAAUCAAGUGAGUAUCCACACUAAAUUAACGCCGGCAUUCAGCAAUGACAUGUCAUAGCUAGCUAGCUAACUUUGUUAGCUACAAAAAUAUUUUGCAUCGUUUCAUCAAAACCUAGCUAGCUACUAGUACUCCAGCAGCUAGCUAACGAUACUGAUACUGUAGUAGCUUUCUACAUGGCUAGCAAGCUAGUUAACUAACUUUAGCUAACUCUAACUUAAUUUUCUAGCUAGCUAACGUUAUCUCGCGAAGUGUUUACGUUUUCAACUGAGCACCUGUUUGUUUACUGAUCUCACUUGCAGCAUCGCAAUAAGAUGAUAAAAAAAUAUCGUUUGGUGUGUUGAUAGUAACGUUAGGCUAUAACUGUAUAUUCACCCAAUGUCUGAUAAUGUCAACGCUAAAAUGUUUGCUUCUUGUCAGUUGCCUGCUCUUAUUGAAUUCAGAUUGCUUUUUGGACAUAACAUCGGGACAUAACUGUCUCUUAUCUGCACUCACUCCCAUUUAACUUUGCCCUAUGUCACACUUUAACCAAAACAAGGGAGUUACAGAGCCACAUCCACUCACUGUGCCUCCAUCUGAAUUUAGCUUUGGGACACAACCAAUAAUUUUGGACACAACAUUGGGAGUCUGUGUAUUAGGGAGUCCAACCAACACAGACUCCCAAUGUUGUGUCCAAAAUUAUUGGUUGUGUCCCAAAGCUAAAUUCAGAUGGAGGCACAGUGAGUGGAUGUGGCUCUGUAACUCCCUUGUUUUGGUUAAAGUGUGACAUAGGGCAAAGUUAAAUGGGAGUGAGUGCAGAUAAGAGACAGCUAUGCAGCCUGGGUAAAUGGAUAAGGACGCCACAUAGCUACUACCACUGUGGCUCGAUUUACCUUCUACUCAGGUGCUAUCACAUGCAGUAGCAGUGCGUGGUUAAAAUCACUGAGGAAGCCAAGCCAGUAAAAAAGCCAUAUUACACCCUAUGUUGUGAUAAUUGCGUUGUUUGCUCCCAUUCGUUCAUACACCACCGUGAUCAAAUCAAAUGUAUUGGUCACAUACACAUGGUUAGCAGAUGUUAUUGCGAGUGUAGCGAAAUGCUUGUGCUUCUAGUUCCUACAGUGCAGCAAUAUCUAGCAAGUCAUAUCUAACAGGUUCUACAACAAAAACCUAAUACACACAAAUCUAAGUAAAGGAAUGGAAUAAGAAUAUAUAAAUGUAUGGAUGAGCAAUGUCAUUAUCAUUAUCAGAGUGGCAUAGAUAGUUUGAUGCAAUAGAUAGAAUACAGUAUAUACAUAUGAGAUGGGUAAUGCAAGAUAUGUAAACAUUAAAGUGGCAUUAUUAAAGUGACUAGUGUUCCAUUUAUUAAAGUGGCCAGUGAUUUUCUAGUCUGUAUGUAGGCAGCAGCCUCUCUGUGCUAGUGAUGGCUGUUUAACAGUCUGAUGGCCUUGAAAUAGAAGCUGUUUUUCAGUCUCUCGGUCCCAGCUUUAAUGCACCUGUACUGUCCUCGCCUUCUGGAUGAUAGCGGGGUGACAGGCAGUGGCUCGGGUGGUAGUUGUCCUUGAUUAUCUUUUUGGCCUUCCUGUGACAUCGGGUGCUGUAGGUGUCCUGGGGGGCAGGUAGUUUGCCCCUGGUGAUGCGUUGUGCAGACCGCACCACCCUCUGGAGAGCCCUGUGGUUGUGGGCGGUGCAGUUGCCGUACCAGGCGGUGAUACAGCCCGACAGGAUGCUCUCAAUUGUGCAUCUGUAAAAGUUUGUGAGGGUUUUAGGUGACAGGCCAAAUUUCUUCAGCCUCCUGAGGUUGAAGAGACACUUGUGCCUUCUUCACAACACUGUCUGUGUGGGUGGACCAUUUCAGUUUGUCAGUGAUAUGUACGCAGAGGAACUUAAAACUUUCCACCUUCUCCACUGCUGUCCCGUCAAUUUGGAUAGGGGGGUACUCCCUCUGCUGUUUCCUGAAGUCCACGAUCAUCUCCUUAGUUUUUUUGACGUUGAGUGAGAGGUUAUUUUCCUGACACCACACUCCGAGAGCCCUCACCUCCUCCCUGUAGGCUGUCUCAUCAUUGUUGGUAAUCAAGCCUACUACUGUUGUGUCGUCUGCAAACUUGAUGAUUGAGUUGGAGGCGUGCAUGGCUACGCAGUCAUGGGUGAACAGGGAGUACAGGAGGGGGCUGAGCACCCACCCUUGUGGGGCCCCAGUGUUGAGGAUCAGCGAAGUGAAGAUGUUUCCUACCUUCACCACCUGGGGUGGCCCGUCAGGAAGUCCAGGACCCAAUUGCACAGGGUGGGGUUGAGACCCAGGGCCUCAAGCUUGAUGAUGAGCUUGGAGGGUACUAUGGUGUUGAAUGCUGAGCUAUAGGCCUAGUCAAUGAACAGCAUUCUUACAUAGGUAUUCCUUUUGUCCAGAUGGGAUAGGGCAGUGUGAUGGCGAUUGUAUCGUCUGUGGACCUAUUGGGGCGAUAUGCAAAUUGAAGAGGGUCUAGGGUGACAGUUAAGGUGGAGGUGAUAUGAUCUUUGACUAGUCUCUCAAAGCACUUCAUGAUGACAGAAGUGAGUGCUACGGGGCGAUAGUCAUUUAGUUCAGUUACCUUUGCAUUAUUGGGUACAGGAACAAUGGUGGCCAUCUUGAAACAUGUGGCCAGCUGGUCUGCGCAUGCUCUGAGGACGCGGCUAGGAAUGCCGCCUGGGCCGGCAGCCUUGCGAGGGUUAACACGUUUAAAUGUCUUACUCACGUUGACCACGGAGAAGGAGAGCCUAUAGUCCUUGGUAGCUGGCCGCGGCGGUGGCACUGUGUUAUCCUCAAAGCGGGCAAAGAAGGUUUGCUGCACCCGGACAACCCACAGUUGAGCUCAGCUCAACGCUGAUUGGCUAAUUAUUUUAUUUAAAAAAUGUAACAAGGGAGGCCAAAUGCUUGCUGGCAUCAAUCAAUCAAAUGCUACGGCGGCAACAUGUUAUUCUCUUUUGGUCCAGACAGCAUCAGAUACAUGGGCUACACAUACUGAGACAGAGGGGCGCUGUUUCCCUCGCGCGGUUGAUUUCUCCAGUGAGAUUCAGCCACUUGCGAAUUGACGGAAAAUUCUGAAAACGCAGAGAGAGACGAAAGAUACAUUAUUUUAUAAUUUACACAUUUUUAUUGGUCAAAUAUUUGGGAAAGCCUGGCUUCCCUUGGCAUCCAUGAAUACAUGCCACUGAUCACGUGUUGCCCAAGACUAUCAAGACAGUCGGGUCUACUAUACUUAAGUCUACAAUGGAAUGCACACCAUGUUUAAACAGAGCACAAGAACUGCCCCAGGGGCCUAUUUAAAGCGGAGUUGCGAGAGUGUAGAAUGUGGUUCAGCUUGUUGCACCAGGAAAAUCUUAGCAUCAUAUUAUAGAGUCAAAGGGAUCUGACCAAUGGAAGGAUCAUACUGAGGAGGCCCUCUUGAAUAAUGUGUCUGCAGUUGCGUCUAUUGUUAAAGCUAUUUUUCUCAAACUAUCUUAGCAUUUUGAAUUCAGUGACAUUGUUAAACCUUGCACACACCACACAAUGGCACUCCUGUGUGUGUGUGUGUGUGUCUAAAAGCCUCCCUCUGGCAUACAGUCACACACAUUAGCCCAGUUGAAGUUAACAUGCAAACCCUCUUUACUCAAGCUCAAAGUAUAAUUCUACUACAGUCCAGUGUAACAGCCAAGGCCUGAAAGCCCUACCCCACCCACCCCCAACCCGUCCCAUGCUGGCACGUCACAUGGAUGAUGUUUAAUCCCGCAUGGUGUUGAAGAAUUGACCCAGAUUAUCCUGCAUUAGACUCUUAUGUCAUUGGCUUGCUGCUUGAUGCUCUAUUUUAGGAUUGUGUUCCAGUGAGAGGAGCCUCCGGUUGGUCUGUCUCACGGAUGAUCCCUACUGUCCUGACGCUGUGUUGGCAUGGAAGACUGGUGGACUACAGCAACUAUAGAGCCAUCAAUAGGUAAGUUAAUUCAAAUGGGGUCUCUGAUGGGGAAUUGUUUGUUUGAUUUUAUGGGAUGUAUCUUUGUGCCCUAAUUUUAGAACAACAUUUUAAGCCUCUUAGGCAGCCUGUUUGCGUCAACUCCUAAUGUAUCAAUUGGUUGUUAUCUCCAUUUCCCUACUGUGUUUAGAAAACCAUGAGAUCUCCGGCAUAGCAAGACUGAUGAUGUCCCCCUCGAGGCAUCAUAAAAACCUUCCUACAAUGCACUCCUCCACAAUGCCACUGUCUAAGAGUUCCUACAAUGUGUUAAGUGCCUUCUGCACUGAGGACAAUGUUCCCCAGUGUAUCUCUUACAUCAAUCAGGUACUGCACCAUUGAAAUGGCUAUUAUAUAGGCUACAUUUAGAAAAUCAAUACUUUCCCAAUACUCUGUGAAAGUAGCAUUGUGUAAUGUGCUGCUUGCUUGUUUAUAUAGCCAGGUAUCACUAUUCUUUUUCACUACUUGAUUUGAGGUUUUGUGUAUCUGAAGCUUCUUCAUUUAUCUCAUGUAGUAUGCACUGAAUCCUCUAAGCACUAACCUAUUUGUCUGCUCUCUUUUUUGGGCCUUGUACAGGAGAUGGACUCUCUGGGGUUCUCCUCAGCCUGUAUUGAGGCCAGCUCACCAGAGGGAAGCGGGGGGCUGAACACGGUGCCAGCUCUGAACGGCAUGUAUGAGCUGCUCCAGAUGCAGCGCCGCAGCCAACGCAGCCUGCAGGAGCAGGAGACGGAGAGUCUGAAGAUCUCCAGCGCCCUGGAACACCUGCAGAUCACCAACUCCAGACUCAAGGUCAGGCAGUCUUUCCCAUAGAUCGUUUUCCAGACAGGGUGUAUGUUGUCAAUAGAACACUAGCAUGGGGAGCUAGGUUGGGGCGCCUAUAGAAUGAUAGGAGAAACACUGAGACGGGGGGUUACCGCAACAACACUGCCAGUCAUGUUUCCGAUGUACAGUACAGUGACCUUGGGUGAAAGGUGCUUGCUUACUGCUUAUAGUAGAACUUGUUAUGGUCUUGUCUUAGUCAAGGUGAGCCCAUUCACAUACACUAGGCUAUAUAAUGUCAGGUACAUUUGUUUGUUCCCAGGAUCAGCUGGAGCUCUCUAAAAGAGAGAAGUCGGGACUGCACGAGGCAGAGAGGCAGCUGCAACUCAAAAUCAAGACUCUGCAGAACUGCCUGAAAACCGAAAAAGAUGAGGUAAAAACGUUGUAAUAAAAUUGUUAAUCAUUGUACUGUAUAUUUAAUGAUGUGCUUAUGUAACUGCAAGCAUCCAUGGGAAAUGUAGUUUGUGUGUGAGCCUGUAAAAUCAUGUCUGACAACCCUAAUCAGGGUCGUGUUCAGUAGGGCACACCGUAGCAAAGCAUUAUGCAAUGGAAAAAUAAUGUGUUCAUGUUGGACAAGUUCAGGUAGUACCUCCCUGUUUCAAAAUGUUUUCUCCCUACUGAACACACCCCAGGUGCAGAAGCUCCAGAGCAUCAUCGCCAGCAGAGCCUCUCAGUACAACCAUGACACCAAGAGGAAGGAGAGGGAGAGCACCAAGCUCAAAGAACGCCUCAACCAGCUACUGGUGGACAAGAGGGAUAAGAAACUAGGUAGGGGUGCUGGAGCAUGGUCUCAAGACAUAGUUUCCUCCUUAUUCCAAAGGUUGUUGGAAAUGUGAAAAUCUUUGCAACCAAGUAUCCUUUAUUUUUAUUUUUAUGAUAAUGUAGGUCUUUAUAACAAGUCCCUCAUUUUCCUUUAUCUCUACUAGCGAUUGAUGUAUUGAACUACUUGGGACGGGCUGAUGGAAAGAGAAGCCAAUGGAAGACUGGAAAGGUGGAGGCCAGGUAGCAACACUCAUCUAUCUGAACCAUGUCUGUUUUAAGUGCAUUCAACUCUUAAUGCAACAAAUCCUACAUAGCUUUGCAGAAGCCACUUUGAUGGGUGUGUGUUUAUUUGCCAUUACUGUAGACAUGAGGGGGAGAUGUACAAGUCCCUGCUGAGUGACUAUGAGGGUCGUCAGAGAGCCCUGAUGCUGGAGAACGCUGAGCUGAAGAAGGUGCUGCAGCAGAUGAAGAGGGAGAUGGUGUCCAUUCUGAGUCCUAGUCCUAGGAAACCCUGCUCCAGCUCCAGAGGAGACCGUGUGGAAGACAGCCUAGAACAGGUACAAACAAUAUCUGAGUACCAGUAGUCCCCUAGGUUUUUAUUUGGGUUUUUUAUGUGACAAUACAGUGAGCGCCAAAAGUAUUGGGACAGAGAUACAUUUAAAUAAGAAUAGAAUAUGUUUCUAAACACUUCUACAUUCAUGUGGAUGUUACCAUGAUUACGGAUAGUCCUGAAUUAAUUGUGGAUAAUGAUUGAGAAAGUAAUGAGUGAGAAAGUUAGACACAUAAAUAUCAUAUCCGUAAUCAUGGUAGCAUCCAUAUGAAUGUAGAAGUGUUUAGAAACAUAUUCUAUUCUUAUUUACAAAAUGACACAACAUUAUUUACCAUUAAUUUCUAUUAGGCACAAAAUAAUCUGAAACAAACAGCAAAUGCAUCCAAGAAGUUUGUGGAGUGACAGUCUUGAUGUAAUCAUUGCGUGCUAGGAAUAUGUGACCAAAUACUAAACCUUUGACUACUUUAAAACACAUAAGUGAUUUGUCCCAAUGUUUUGGUCCCCUAAAAUGGGGGGAGGGAGACUAUGUACAACAUUUUUUGUAAUUUCUAAACGGUUCACCCGAUAUGGAUGGAAAAAAUAACCUCUCACUCACUGUUUGCACAUUUCAAACUCAAAGUGCUGGAGUACAGAGCCAAAACAACAAAAUAUGUAUCACUGUCCCAAUACCUUUGGAGCUCACUGUAGAUGGAUAACCUAAUUUAUUUUGAUAAUACUCUUACAAAUGUAAAUCUUGAAUUGCAUCUUCAGUUAUGUAGUGCCUAUCCCAAGCUCUCUAAGCACUUUACAUUAUGGAUGGGAGUGACAUCUGGCUAACAUUGUGAAGAGAAGAAGAAGUGAUAAUUGUUUUGCCUUCAGGCCGGCUCAGACAGGGAUAAGGAAGUUGGCGACUGCAGUAGAGAGACCCUGGACCAGUCAUGUGACCACGCCAGGGAACAAUCCUGUGAGCACGCCCGGGAGCAGCUGACCAAUAGCAUCCGGCAGCAAUGGAGGAGACUGAAGAGCCACAUGGAGAGACUGGACAGCCAGGGUACAGACAUCAUCACAUCACCCAUAUUAUCAUAGAAGUUGACAAUAAAUCUGUAACUCAGUAGUUAUCACUGGUUUUCUCUGGGCAUUAACUGGUGUUACAUGUAGGUACUGUAAAUUACCAAAUCAAUGUAUGGCUGACUGCCAUAAAAUUACUACCAGUACUGCUGCAUUUUAAACUAUUCUGCUGCCAAAAAAUUAUAUAUUUUCUCACAGGGAGCUUUCUUCACCAUUGAUCAUAAUGUGUUGUAUCAUCAGCCUUACUGGUGCAGCAGAGCCAGCAGCGUGCUGGUAAAGAGCUGGUCCCUAGACAGAUCCAUGAGGAGGAGAUGGAGAGGAUGAGACUGGAGGUCCAGCAGUGUAAAGACUUCAUCCAGACCCAGCAGCAGCUCCUACAGGUUAGUUAAACCCACAACGCAACACAAGGCUCUCUUUUCAAACCGAGCUACAAAUAUCUACAGUACAUCUGUUUUUAUUGCCUUGAAUUUGAGCCUUACUAAUCUUGUUCCCAGACACUUCUGACCAAAUGUGUGAAGAGUCUGGUGGACCAACGCGUCGAACUUGGCCUUCGUUAGCCAGUACAGAAAGACCGGGAGAAUGUCCUGGUGCAUAGGCAUUGGCUUAAUCUACCAACCAAUCAUCUCCCACAAACACCUUCACACUAACCCUCCCCCGUACACUAGCACACCACAAGCACAGAGCCACGCCUCGCAGUCGUGUGAUUCGCUAAAAUUAAAUGAUGACAAGUACUUUACUCAGUAAGGUCACUUCCAUGGAAUUCAAUGGUCACUCCCUCUAAGGCCAACUGUGAACCAUUGAUGUACCAGGGGUGUAGUCAUUAGUCCAAACAGUCUUGUAACUAAAACGAGAGUUAGUAUUGGACAAAUUCAGGUAGGUCCCUCUCCAUUUCAUUAGCUUCCGUUUUAAGAAACGUUUUACAACAGAAUUGGUGUAAUGAAUAUGCCCAAGGCUUAUAUGUGCUGUGCGCAAUAGCCUGGGAUGAGGUUAGUCUAAUAGACCCUUACAGGAGUUAUUCAGUCAAAUGUUAUGUCUGUUUCCUCUUCCUCGUGUGUGUCCACGUUUGUCUGUGUGUGUGCAGCAGCAGUUCAACUCUCCCUGCUAUGAUGAUGAGACUGCUGCUCUUCUGAAUGACUGCUACACUCUGGAGGAGAAGGAGCGUCUCAAAGAGGAGUGGAGGCUCUUUGACGAGCAGAGGAGGAACUUUGAGAGGGAGAGAAAGAACUUCACUAAAGCUGCCAUUCGCCUUGGACAUGAGGUAUCCAUUUUAUUUUUGGGAAGUUCUCAAGAUGGAAGAAUUACACUGCUCAAAAAUAUUAAGGGAACACUAAAAUAACACAUCCUAGAUCUGAAUGAAUGAAAUAAUCUUAUUAAAUACUUUUUUCUUUACAUAGUUGAAUGUGCUGACAACAAAAUCACACAAAUUAUCAAAUCGAAUUUAUCAACCCAUGGAGGUCUGGAUUUGGAGUCACCCUCAAAAUUAAAGUGGAAAACCACACUACAGGCUGAUCCAACUUUGAUGUAAUGUCCUUAAAACAAGUCAAAAUGAGGCUCAGUAGUGUGUGUGUGGCCUCCACGUGCCUGUAUGACCUCCCUACAACGCCUGGGCAUGCUCCUGAUGAGGUGGUCUCCUGAGGGAUCUCCUCCCAGACCUGGACUAAAGCAUCCGCCAACUCCUGGACAGUCUGUGGUGCAACGUGGCGUUGGUGGAUGGAGCGAGACAUGAUGUCCCAGAUGUGCUCAAUUGGAUUCAGGUCUGGGGAACGGGCGGGCCAGUCCAUAGCAUCAAUGCCUUCCUCUUGCAGGAACUGCUGACACACUCCAGCCACAUGAGGUCUAGCAUUGUCUUGCAUUAGGAGGAACCCAGGGCCAACCGCACCAGCAUAUGGUCUCACAAGGGGUCUGAGGAUCUCAUCUCGGUACCUAAUGGCAGUCAGGCUACCUCUGGCGAGCACAUGGAGGGCUGUGCGGCCCCCCAAAGAAAUGCCACCCCACAUCAUGACUGACCCACCGCCAAACCGGUCAUGCUGGAGGAUGUUGCAGGCAGCAGAACGUUCUCCACGGCGUCUCCAGACUCUGUCACGUCUGUCACAUGUGCUCAGUGUGAACCUGCUUUCAUCUGUGAAGAGCACAGGGCGCCAGUGGCGAAUUUGCCAAUCUUGGUGUUCUCUGGCAAAUGCCAAACGUCCUGCACGGUGUUGGGCUGUAAGCACAACCCCCACCUGUGGACGUCGGGCCCUCAUACCACCCUCAUGGAGUCUGUUUCUGACCGUUUGAGCAGACACAUGCUGGAGGUCAUUUUGCAGGGCUCUGGCAGUGCUCCUCCUGCUCCUCCUUGCACAAAGGUGGAGGUAGCAGUCCUGCUGCUGGGUUGUUGCCCUCCUACGGCCUCCUCCACGUCUCCUGAUGUACUGACCUGUCUCCUGGUAGCGCCUCCAUGCUCUGGACACUACGCUGACAGACACAGCAAACCUUCUUGCCACAGCUCGCAUUGAUGUGCCAUCCUGGAUGAGCUGCACUACCUGAGCCACUUGUGUGGGUUGUAGACUCCGUCUCAUGCUACCACUAGAGUGAAAGCACCGCCAGCAUUCAAAAGUUACCAAAACAUCAGCCAGGAAGCAUAGGAACUGAGACGUGGUCUGUGGUCACCACCUGCAAAACCAGUCCUUUAUUGGGGGUGUCUUGCUAAUUGCCUAUAAUUUCCACCUGUUGUCUAUUCCAUUUGCACAACAGCAUGUGACAUUUAUUGUCAAUCAGUGUUGCUUCCUAAGUGGAAGUUUGAUUUCACAGAAGUGUGAUUGACUUGGAGUUACAUUGUGUUGUUUAAGUGUUCCCUUUAUUUUUUUUGAGCAGUGUACAUUUUGCCAAGUUGUCACUUAAAGGCCCAGUGCAGUCAAAUUCAAUUUUCCUGUGUUUUAUAUUAUUCCAUACUAUGAGGUUGGAAUUAGGGCUGUGGCGGUCAAUACAUUUGAUUGUCAAGCAAAAACCUGACCGUUAAUUAAGAUAAACACAUUUAGCAUCUUCUGGCUUCCACGCAUAGCCUACAAGCCACUGAUGCAGACCUUUGGAACAUCUACCAUCUAAGAAAUCAAUGUAAUAUAACCUACACCAUCACAAUAAAUCCAUUAUUUAUUUUAGAUAGGUCUAAAAAAAACAUGAAGCCUGUUUCAGAAAAACAGAAUAGCAUACUCUGAGUUAUUCAACAACCUCUCCCUCAAUGUGAGCAAGACAAAGUAGCAGAUCGUGGAUUACAGGAAAAGGCGGGCCGAACAUGCCCCCAUUAACAUCGAUGGGGCUGUAGUGGAGCGGGUCGAGAGCUUCAAGUUCCUUGGUGUCCACAUCACCAACAAACUAUCAUGGUCCAAACACACCAAGACAGUCGUGAAGAGGGCACGACAACACCUUUUCCCCUUCAGGAGACUGAAAAGAUUUGGCAUGGGUCCACAGAUCCUCAUAAAGUUCUACAGCUGCACCAUCGAGAGCAUCCUGACCGGUUGCAUCACUGCCUGGUAUGGCAACUGCUCGGCAUCUGACCGUAAGGCGCUACAGAGGAUAGCCCAGGACCUAUAUACUAGGCGGUGUCAGAGGAAGGCCCAAAAAAUGGUCAAAGACUCCAGUCACCCAAGUCAUAGACUGUUCUCUCUGCUACCGCACGGUAAGCGGUACUGGAGCGCCAAGUCUAGGACCAAAAGGCUCCUUAACAGCUUCUACCCCCAAGCCAUAAGGCUGCUGAACAAUUAAUCAAAUGACCACCUGGACUAUUUACAUUGACCCCCCCCCCCCCCCCCCUCUCCAUUUGUUUUUACACUGCUGCUACACGCUGUUUAUUAUCUAUGCAUAGUCACUUUACCCCUACCUACAUGUACAAAUUACCUCGACUAACCUGUACCCCCGCACAUUGACUCGGUACCGGUACCCCCUGUAUAUAGCCUCGUUAUUGUUAUUUUGUUACUUUUUAUAAUUUUUUUGUUAAGGGCUUGUAGGUAAGCAUUUCUACACCUGUUGUAUUCAGCGUAUGUAACAAAUAACAUUUGAUUUUAGUUGCCCUGAUCUGGCUAUGCCAUAUGGCUGUGGGCUACACUAGUUCAUAUAGCAGAAAAGAUUUGCUUAGAAUUCCGUGGCAUUAAGCCUCCCAAGUGGCGCAGCGGUCUAAGGCACUGCAUCGCAGUGCUUGAGGCAUCACUACAGACCCGGGUUCGAUCACGGGCUGUGUUGCAGCUGGCCGCGACCGGGAGACCCAUGAGGUGGCGCACAAUUGGCCCAGCGUCGUCUGGGCCAAUUGUGCGCCUCCUCAAGGGGGAGGGUUUGGCCAGCCGGGAUGUCCCUGUCCCAUCGCGCUCUAGUGAUUCCUGUGGCGGGCGCAUGCACGCUGACACGGUCACCAGUUGUACGGUGUUUCCUUUGACAAAUUGGUGUGGCUGGCUUCCAGGUAAAGCGAGCAGUGUGUCAAGAAGCAGUGCGGCUUGGCAGGGUCGUGUUUCGGAGGGCGCAUGACUCUCGACCUUCGCCUCUCCUGAGUCCGUACGGGAGUUGCAGCGAUGGGACAAGACUAUAACUACCAAUUAGAUAUCACGAAAUUGGGGAUAAAAAGGUGUUACAUUUUUUUUACUAAUUCCGUGCCAUUAUUUUAUAGUAUGAAUAAUACAAUUGAACAAAGCUGAAUAAAAUAAAAAGGAUAUUGUCUCCAAACGAUUUGAGGGAGUGCGGACAUGCGGCUAUUCUGUGUUGAGCGGUUAACCAAGAAAUAGGUACUCCUAUAUGCUUAAUUUAGAGUUAUUAAUGUAACUUUAGUUGUUCUACAAACGUUGGGCUAUAUGUUUUGAUUUUUAAUACAUUCUAAGGCUGCAUGGUGCGACUAAUGAUGAUUUGAAAAAAGUCGCAUGAAAGGCAUGAGCUCUGUUAAGUUUUUUGCGCUGGCUGUACACACUUCAUCAGUCUCUCAUUCACAAUUUGACAAGCACUUGAUAAUGCCUUACAUUUCCGGCCUGCUAAUAUAUAAUUCACAAGUGAUAUGCUAAUAUUGUCACCCAUCAGACUAUUCUUGAUUUAAUCUUGUCUUUACAUAAACCAAAUAAUAUAUAUAUAUGUGUGAAAUGUGUUUUGAUUUAGAAUGGACCAUUAUUAUUAUGCACGUCUCGAAACGGGCAGGGGAAAAAAGUCAUCUAUGCACUUAAAUAGUAAAUGGAGGACGCUAUUCCCAUGGUUCAUUUUCAUGCCAUCCUGUUGUAAAGAGAAGCAAUGUGCUUAAUAAACAAAUAUAGUAGGCCUAGCCUAUAGAAAGCUGAUGAGAUCCUAUUUUUAAGAGUCCAUCACUCUGUUUUCUCACGUAAUUGCAUAGCCUAUAGAAAUGUUGCGCAACAUGAGCUCAUGGGCUCUCAUGAAGUGUUUGAUUAGAUUUUCAAUUACAUUUGCAUUGAUGUCAGAGUGAUUAGAGGGACAAUAGAGUGCUGAGUACCAGGCAGUUAGCAAGUUUGGUAGGCUACUAAUGACCAUCAGCAGCAUCAGAGCUUGGAGAAGCCUAAUUAUCGUGACGUGGAAUUUGUCUGCCAUCAAGACUCGUGACCGCCAGUGUGGCAGUAAUACGGUCACCUAACAGCCCUAGUUGGAAUAAUACUGUAAAAUUGUGAUGAUGCCCUUUUUAGUGUAAGAGCUGUUUGAAAAGACCACCUGAAAUUACAGCCUGUUUUGGUGGGAUGGUGUAAUCACCAGGCGGUAAAUGAGUUAAUAGACCAAUAAAAAAUAGUUCCAAAACAGGAACAGGUCAUUUUCAGUUUCCCACUCCCAGCCAGUCCUUGCAAAAUUCUUGUUUCAGAAAUUGCUAUUUUUGACCAUUUUAAUGAUUUUGACUUUGAGAUUUAAAAAAAAAACAUCUGCAUUGGACCUUUUUUUAAUGCAUUUUACCCAUUUCCUCCAUUGUGUUUCCACAGAAAAAGGCUUUUGAGGAAGACCGUGCCUCGUGGCACAAGAAUCAGUUCUUGAACAUCACUCCAUUUGUGGACCGAAAACGACAUUCUGCAUCAGAAACUCCACGUGCCUUAUCAACCAGUAAGUCAUAUAUUUAUGCUGCAGCAUAGAAAAAAAAAAGUACAUUAAUAUUCUGAUGUGUGGUUUGUUUUAUGCAUGGUUGGUCACAAUUGUGUUUUCCUUUCUAGGUAGUGAGCCCGAGAUGAGGAUCCCAUCCACUCCAGCCAGGCUGACCAAAUCCCGGACGUACGCUGCAUUCUCCACUCCUAAAGCUGCCCCUGUCGCUGGCAUGCCCUCCACAGCUGAUCUCUACCGCACACUACGCCUCAUACCAGACAGCAGCAGGUGCUCUAUCCCAGCUCGCUAUUGUCAUAAAGUCGGUCAUUUAGGUUUUUGACACAUUUUAGUGAUUUAGCAGACGCUCUUAUCCAGAGCGACUUACAGUUAGCGAGUGCAUACAUUUUCAUACUGGCCCCCCGUGGGAAACGAACGGCGUUGCAAGCGCCAUGCUCUACCAACUGAGCUACACGGGGCCAUACACGUGUUUCAAGUUUUAUUAGUCGUAUGUAUGGGAUACGCAUGGUAUACAUCGUUUAACGAAAUGCUUACUAGCAAGUUCCUUCUCGAAAUUGCAACAACGAUAAGAAAUAAUAAAAGAUAAGAAUACGAACGUAUAGUAAAUGGCUUAGUGUCAAUCAAUCUAAUGUAUUUAUAAAGCCCUUUUUACAUCAGCAGAUGUUACAAAGUACCCAGCCUAAAACCCCAAACAGCAAGCAAUGCAGAUGUAGAAGCACGGCGGCUAGGAAAAACUCCCUAGAAAGGCAGAAACCUAGGAAGAAACCUAGAGAGGAACCAGGCUCUGAGGGGUGGCCAGUCCCCUUCUGGCUGUGCCGGGUGGAGAUGAUAAGAGUACAUGGCCAUUAAGGCCAGAUUUUUCUCCAAGAUGUUGCAACAGGUCAGUACAUCAGGAGUAAAUGUCACUUGGCUUUUCAUAGCCGGGCAUUUCGAGGUUGAAAUAGCAGGUGCGGUAGAGAGAAAGAGUUGAAAACAGCAGAUCUGGGACAAGGUUGCACGUCCGGUGAACAGGUCAGGGUUCCAUAGCUGAAGGCAGAAGUGUUGAAACUGGAGCAGCAGCACGACCAGGUGGACUGGGGACAGCAAGGAGUCAUCAGGCCAGGUAGUCCUGAGGCACUGUCCUAUGGCUCAGGUCCUCCGAGAGGUGAGAGAGAAUUAGAGGGAGCAUACUUAAAUUCACACAGGACACCGGAUAAAACAGGAGAAUAACACCAGAUAUAACAGACUGACCCUAGCCCCCCGGCACAUAGACUAUUUCAGCAUAGAUACUGGAGGCUGAGACGGGUCGGGAGACACUGUGGCCCCGUCCGACUAUACCCCCGGACAGGGCCAACCAGGCAGGAUAUAACCCCACCCACUUUGCCAAAGCACAGCCCCCACACCACUAGAGGGAUUUCAACAGACCACCAAUCUACUACCCUGAGACAAGGCUGAGUAUAGCCCACAAAGAUCUCCUCCACUGCACGAGCCCGAGGGGGCGACAAACCGGACCGGAAGAUCACGUCAGUGACAACCCUCCUAGGGAUGGCAUGGAAAGCACCAGUAAGCCAGUGACUCAGCCCCCGUAAUAGGGUCAGAGGCAGAGAAUCCCAAUGGAGAGACGGGAACCGGCCAGGCAGAGACAGCAAGGGCGGUUCGUCGCUCCAAUGCCUUUCCGUUCACCUUCGCACCCCUGGGCCAGACUACACUCAAUCAUAGGACCUACUGAAGAGAUGAGUCUUCAGUAAAGACUUAAAGGUCGAGACCGAGUCUGCGUCUCUCACAUGGAUAGGCAGACCAUUCCAUAAAAAUGGAACUCUAUGGGAAAAAGCCCUGCCUCCAGCUGUUUGCGUAGAAAUUCAAGGGACAGUAAGGAGGCCUGCGUCUUGUGACCAUAGCGUACGUGUAGGUAUGUACGGCAGGACGAAAUCGGAGAGAUAGGUAGGCGCAAGCCCAUGUAAUGCUUUGUAGGUUAGCAGUAAAACCCUGAAAUCAGCCCUAGCCUUAACAGGAAGCCAGUGUUAGAGGCUAGCACUGGAAUCAUUUACAUUUUACAUUUUAGUCAUUUAGCAGACGCUCUUAUCCAGAGCGACUUACAGUUAGUGAGUGCAUACAUUAUUUUUUUAUACUGGCCCCCCGUGGGAAUCAAACCCACAACCCUGGCGUUGCAAACACCAUGCUCUACCAACUGAGCUACAUCCCUGCCGGCCAUUCCCUCCCCUACCCUGGACGACGCUAGGCCAAUUGUGCGCCGCCCCAUGGGUCUCCCGGUCGCAGCCGGCUACGACAGAGCCUGGAUUCGAACCAGGAUCUCUAGUGGCACAGCUAGCACUGCGAUGCAGUGCCUUAGACCACUGCGCCACUCGGGAGGUUAUAAUAUGAUCAAAUGUUUUGGUUCUAGUCAAGAUUCUAGCAGCCGUGUUUAGCACUAACUGAAGUUUAUUUAGUGCUUUAUCCGGGUAGCGGGAGAGUAGAGCAUUGCAGUAGUCUAAUCUAGAAGUGACAGAAGCAUGGAUGAGCUUUUCUGCAUCAUUUUUGGACAAACACUUUUCUGAUUUUUGCAAUGUUACAAAGAUGGAAAAAAGCUGUCCUUGAAAUAUUAUUGAUAUUACAAUAGAAUAAGCUGUGUGUGUGAGAAAUGUCAAUCAGUGUCUUAAACCAGUGCUGGGAAGUAAAUCAAAUCAGUAGGAUAAUCACAAAUCAAAUUUUAUUGGUCGCAUACACAUAUUUAGCAGAUGUCAUUGCGGGUGUAGUGAAAUGCUUGUGUUCCUAGCUCCAACAGUGCAGUAGUAUCUAACAAUUCACAACAAUACAAAUCUAAAGUAAAAUAUAGAAAUAUUAGGAUCAGCAACUCGGUAGUGAGUGUUGCAACCGACGACAGACUAUUUUUAUGCGCUUCAGCACUCGGCGGUCCCGUUCUGUGAGCUUGUGUGGCCUACCACUUCGCGGCUGAGCCAUUGUUCCUCCUAGACAUUUCCACGUCACAAUAACAGCACUUACAGUUGACCGGGGCAGCUCUAGCGGGGCAGAAAUUUGAUCAACUGACUUGUUGGAAAGGUGGCAUCCUAUGACAGUGCCACGUUGAAAGUCACUGAGCUCUUCAGUAAAGCCAUUUUACUGCCAAUGUUUGUCUAUGGAGUUUGCAUGGCUGUGUUAAAACAGUAUGUAAACAUUAUUAAAGUGACCAGUGUUCUAUUAUUAAAGUGACCAGUGUUCCAUGUCUAUGUACAUAAGGCAGCAGCCUCUAACAUGCAGGGAUGAGUAACCAGGUGGUAGCUGGCUAGACAGUGACUAAGUUCAGGGCAGGGUACUUGGUGGAGGCUAUUUAACAGUCUGAUGUCCUUGAGAUAGAAGCUGUUUUUCAGUCUCUCUGUCCCAGCUAUGAUGUACCUGUACUGACCUCGCCUUCUGGAUGAUAGCGGGGUGAACAGGCUGUGGCUUAGGUCCUUGAUGAUCUUCUUGGCCUUCCUGUGACACCGGGUGCUGUAGAUGUCUUGAAGGGCAGGCAGUGUGCUCUCGGUGAUGCGUUGGGCUGACCGCACCACCCUCUGGAGAGCCCUGCAGUUGGGGACGGUGCAGUUGCGGUAAUACAGCCCGACAGGAUGCUCUCAAUGGUAGAUCUGUGUAAGUGUGUGAGGGUCUUAGGGGCCAAGCCGAAUUUCUUCAGCCUCCUAAGGUUGAAGAGGCGCUAUUGAGCCUUCUUCACCACACUGUCUGUGUGAGUGGACCAUUUCAAAUUGUCAGUGAUUUGUACUCCGAAGAACUUGAAGAUUUUCACCUUCUCCACUGCAAGGCUCUCUUUCCAUGUGUUUUGUGAUCAACCCUUGUUUGUGCUUUAUUCCUCAGCUCUUCCAGAGGCAGUUCAAAGCGAGGGAGCUGGCAGGAGUUCAACAACUUCCACAGUAGAGAAGAUCCUCGGGUCAGGUCCAGGGACAGAUACGGAGGUGGAGACUGCUGCAGUAUCUUCUCGCUA